GUAUAUAUACAUACACACCUACUUCACUUCUCAUCACUCUUAAACCCCUUUCUUCUUUUUAUAACCAGUUUCAUCCCUUUUAUAAUAUGAUCCGAUCAUAAUUCAUCAUAUUUAACACAUUUCUAUGGCUAAUCACUCAACAAUUAUGUCAUUGACAUGUGUAAUUCUUAUCUUUUUCUUGAUCAUCUCCCUCUUUUCUACCAAUCUCAUGUUCUCACAUGCUUCUCCGGGUGAUUAUCAUUUGGAGAGAAUUGAAGAAGGAUUGGCAAGGGCAAGAUCAACCAUUAGAGAAGCGGCUCGAGCUCGAAACUAUACAUCAUACACGGAAGGGAGCUUCCUCCCUAGAGGGGUGGUUUACAAAAACCCUUAUUCCCUAUACCAGAGUCACAAAGAGAUGGAGAAAAGAUUCAAAAUAUUUACGUACAAAGAAGGCGAACCACCACUGUUCCACCGCGGUCCUAUGAACAAUAUAUACUCCAUUGAAGGACAAAUGAUCGAAGAGCUAAAUGCAGGUGAUGAUGAUAAAAGCAGUUUCAUAACUCAAAACCCUAAUGAAGCCCUAGCCUUUUUCGUUCCGGUGAGCAUUACAUCCAUCAUUCGAUACGUUUAUAGGCCAUAUACGAGCUACUCUAGGGAACGAAUGCAAAACGUCGUCGCAGAUUACAUUCGAGUCAUAUCGGAGCGUUAUCCUUAUUGGAAUACAAGUAGUGGAGCUGAUCAUUUCCUCAUUUCUUGUCAUGAUUGGGCACCAGAUGUUUCGUCAGCCCAUCCAGAGCUGUUCAAGCACUUCAUUCGAGUCCUAUGCAACGCCAACGUCUCGGAAGGCUUCCGCCCUUCACGUGACGUCUCACUCCCCGAAAUCCUCAUCCCUUGGGGAACACUUGGCCCUCCUAUGAUCAACCUAACGCCUCGCAACCGUCGUGUCCUCGCCUUCUUCGCUGGUGGUCCCCACGGCGAAGUCCGUAAGAGCCUCUUUGACCAUUGGAAGGACAAGGACAAAUCUGUCCAAGUCUUUGGUUACCUUCCUAAGGACCAAAACUACACCGUUUUGAUGGGCCAAAGUAAAUAUUGUCUUUGCCCUAGUGGGUGGGAGGUGGCCAGCCCAAGGUUACUAGAGUCAAUUUACACGGGUUGUGUUCCGGUUAUCGUUUCCGACAAUUAUACGUUACCGUUUAGUGACGUGUUGGAUUGGAGUAAGUUUUCGGUUCAUAUUCCGGUGGCGAAGAUACCGGAGAUUAAGAAGAUUCUAGAAGGGAUAUCAACGACGAGAUACUUGAUGUUACAUAAGAGGGUGUUACAAGUUAGGCCACAUUUUGUGAUUAAUAGACCAUCUAAGCCGUUUGAUGCUAUUCAUAUGAUUCUUCAUUCUAUUUGGCUUAGAAGGCUUAAUAUUAAGCUAGGUCAUCAUGUCAUGUAAAAUUAUUAAUAUCCAUCUGUAUAGAUUUAGGUUUGCAUUUAUAUUAUGUGUAUUUUCAAGUUUCCUUAAUUGAUGUAGUAAUGAUCAACUUUUAGUUGAUUA